AUGACCUCUUCCAGCAAGGAUGUGACAGGUUCGGUACAGAUUUUCUUGCGAGCAUCUUUCUGCCUCUACUCACUCCUAGAUUUCAGUCUGCAGGCGACCUGGAUACGCAACACAGUCAUCCAUGCCAUCCGGUCGUCGACGACUGCCUCCGUACACAACAUUCCCCACAACCUCAUCUACAUGCACCCAAGCAUCGGUGCCCUCAGUGACUUCGUCUUCCACCUGGUUUCGACGGGUAAGAAGGCUGGCAGCGCCUCCCAUACGGAGACGAAGGCGAAAGAGAUGCACAACAUGGUGAAGAAAUACGCCGCCACUAUAUCCUUCGCGAAGCGUUUCGACGGAGGGAAGUAUGUAGCUGUUCAGGAUGGAAAGACCAUCUUGGUGACAGGCACCACUGGCCGCUUGGGUUGCCAUCUACUCUCUCAGCUCCUGCAGAGGCCGGACGUCAUCAGAGUGUAUGCACUGAACAGGGACUCCCAGGGUUCGGAUGUUGCACUGAGAGCGCGGCAGCAGGAGGCAUUCAAGACUUGGGGUCUUGACGUCGGCUUGCUCGACUCAGAGAAGCUCAUGUUGAUGGCGAGCGAGCUGCCAAAAAGGUAUAUGGGUUUGAGCAAGGAGAGAUAUGAUGAAAUCCGCGACUCUGUAACGGCGAUCAUCCACAAUGCCUGGCGGGUCAAUUUCAACCUCUCCCUGUCGUCAUUCGAGCCCUUGAUCACCGGCGUGUGCAACUUGAUCAACCUCUCCGCCGGGUCUCCAAGCUUUGCAGGCCCGCGCAUCCUCUUUGUCAACUCCAUCGGUGUCCUCCGCAAGCCGAUUCUGGAUCCCAAGGUGGCAAUGGGUGCAGGUUAUAGCGAGAGCAAGUGGGUUGCGGAUGGUGAUACGCUCAACGGUGGGUGGAACACGAAAGAGUGGGUCGACGCCUUAGUGAGUGCCGCACAGGCUCUGGGCUGCAUGCCGUCACUAGAAGAGAUUGUCGCGUGGCUACCCGUGGAUAUCGUCACCUCUGCACUCCUCGACAUGGUCUCCUCCAAGAUCGUCGAGCCGGUCUUGAACCUGGUGCACCCGCGUCCCGUGACAUGA